AUCUCAGUUUUGGUGUUAAAAAGCUGUUUAACUGCCUACCAAGAACCAACAAACCCAAAAAAACCCCCCAACAAACCCCACCCACCUUUUCAAACCCCCUAUUCCUCACAUUCAACCUUCCAUUUUUGAAACCUCCUUGUUGACAAGCCAAAGUAGAAGAGGCUCACACUAGUUAGGUUAACAAUACCCAACAAGCUUCCCCAUUUAUUAAACCUAGCAUCUUCACUUCUCAAAACAAAAUUUUUCUUUUCUUUUUUUUAUUGAAGUUCAUCAAGAUCCCCUACACCCUUUCUUAUUAAUUAGUUUCAUGGCUAUACUCAUGGACAAGCCCGGGAUAGUUUCUUCGCUAUUCGUCGUCAUAGUCGUCGUCGGUCUCGCGCGAACAAGCGAAGGGACCUCGUACACGGUCGGCGGCAGCGCCGGCUGGGACCUCAGCGCCGACUUCGGCUCGUGGCUUCAGAACAAAACGUUCUACGUCGGCGAUGCGUUGUCUUUCCAGUACUCGAAGUAUCAUACAGUUAACGAGGUCGAAAAAGCCGACUACGACGCAUGCAACGCCACGAACGCACUUCUUACGGGCAGCGACGGGAACACGACGGUGCCGCUCACCGCGCCAGGCGAUCGGUACUUCAUCUGCGGCGUGAUAACGCAUUGUUUGGGCGGUAUGCAGCUUCCGGUGCACGUCACCGCAAACCCAUCCGCGGGCGCGCCCGUGGGCGCACCGCAGUUGUCACCGUCGCAGUCGUCGUUCUCUCCACAGGCUCCGUCUCCGGUGGUCGACGAGAGCCCGUCGGCGAACAGCGUCGAUAAUCUCCCUCCUUAUAGGGCGAUUUUUGGCGGGUCUCAUCGCAUUGGAAGGGGAUCAAUGUUCUUAGCAUGGUUGUGCACGUUUGGGGUGAUAUCAAUAAUGCAUGUUGUGAGACCUUGAAAACACAUUUUAUUUUAUUUUAAAACAGUAUCAUACUACCGCUUCAUUCAAUUGAAAAAUAAGUUAAACUACAUUGAAAAUACAUAUUACCAUUACUUUAUAUUACACAGUGAUUAAUUAAUUGUAAUUGCUUUUGGCUC